CCUGGAGCGCGGUGGUGCCUCUCGAGCGCGCGGUUUUGUGGCUUUUUUUCCCGCCCCUCGCGAGGGAAGGAGGGAGGCGCUUCUUUGGAACUAAAAGCCUUUUCGUCCUGCCGCCUCUCCUCUCUCGUCGCCGCUGCCUGAAGGGAGAAAAGGCGAGGAGGAGGAGGAGGAGGAGGAGAGGGGCUUUGCCAGGAUGGCGACGGUGGUGCUGGAAGCGGAGACGGAGCCGUCUUGUAGCCUCCCCAACGCGGUGCCCCCCUCGCCGAGCCUGUCGCACCGCUUUCUCGACAGCAAAUUCUACCUCCUGGUCGUUGUAGGCGAGCUCGUCACCGAGGAGCAUCUGAGGAGAGCCAUAGGCAAUAUAGAGCGAGGGAUUCGGUCAUGGGACACAAACCUUAUUGAAUGCAACUUGGAUCAAGAACUUAAGCUUUUUGUGUCUCGCCAUUCAGCUCGAUUCUCUCCAGAUGUGAGGGGCCAGAAAAUCCUUCACCACAGAAGUGAUGUUUUAGAAACUGUAGUCCUCAUCAACCCUUCCGAUGAAGCUGUCAGUACUGAGGUGCGCUUAAUGAUCACAGAUGCUGCAAGGCACAAACUCCUGGUCCUAACUGGGCAGAGUUUUGAAAAUACAGGCGAGCUCAUUCUUCAAUCAGGAUCCUUCUCAUUUCAGAAUUUUAUUGAGAUCUUCACUGACCAGGAGAUUGGAGAGUUAUUGAGCACGACUCAUCCUGCCAACAAAGCCAGCUUAACGCUUUUCUGCCCUGAGGAAGGGGAUUGGAAGAAUUCAAACCUUGACAGACACAACCUUCAAGAUUUCAUCAACAUUAAGCUAAACUCUGCCUCUAUCUUGCCUGAAAUGGAAGGACUUUCUGAAUUCACAGAGUACCUGUCAGAAUCAGUGGAAGUGCCAUCACCUUUUGAUAUCUUGGAGCCACCAACAUCAGGAGGUUUCCUGAAGCUUUCAAAACCUUGCUGUUACAUUUUCCCAGGUGGAAGAGGAGAUUCUGCACUAUUUGCAGUCAAUGGAUUCAACAUGCUCAUCAACGGGGGGUCAGAAAGAAAAUCUUGUUUCUGGAAACUCAUUCGACAUUUGGACAGAGUGGAUUCAAUUCUGCUCACCCACAUUGGAGAUGACAACCUGCCAGGGAUUAAUAGCAUGUUGCAACGGAAAAUAGCUGAAUUAGAAGAGGAACAGUCUCAAGGCUCCACUACCAACAGUGACUGGAUGAAAAAUCUAAUUUCACCUGAUUUAGGAGUUGUAUUCCUUAAUGUCCCUGAAAGCCUAGGAAACCCCGAUCCUAAUUUUCAGUUAAAAAGAAGUGUAGAGGAGGCUUGCUUUACCCUGCAGUACUUAAAUAAGCUGUCUGUGAAACCAGAGCCUCUUUUUAGAAAUGUGGCAAACAGCACUGAACCUAUUAUCCUUUUUCAAAAAAUGGGAGUAGGGAAGCUUGAGAUGUAUGUGCUCAACCCAGUCAAAAGCAGCAAAGAGAUGCAAUAUUUUAUGAAUCAGUGGACAGGUACAAGCAAAGAUAAAGCUGAGCUGGUGCUACCAAAUGGUCAGGAGGUAGACAUCCCAGUUUCCUAUUUGACUUCCAUCUCGUCCUUGAUUGUAUGGCAUCCAGCAAACCCUGCUGAAAAAAUCAUCAGAGUUCUUUUCCCAGGAAACAGUACCCAAUAUAGCAUACUAGAUGGACUAGAAAAACUCAAACAUUUAGACUUUCUUAAGCAACCAACAGUUACGCAGAAAGAUCUAACUGGUAACACGGUGAGCCCAGCAGUAAAACAAACUAAACUGAAGCAGCGAGCAGACAGUAAGGAAAGUCUUAAGCCUGCUGCAAAAUCCCUGUCUACCAAGACAGUCAGAAAAGAAUCAAGAGAGGAGGCAACUGACACAGGGAAGACUAGCCCACCUGAAAAGACUCAAAGGGUAGAAAGUAAAGAAAAAACAACCACAAAAAAGGACAAACCAGCAAAACCUGAGCCUAGGCUUUCUGUGACGGAAAAGGAUCUGACAGCUAAGGAACAGCAGCUGGCAAAAUCCGAAACAAUUGAAAAACAAGCAGCAGAUGUCAAACCAAAAGUAGUGAAGGAGAAGCAUGUGAGAAAGGAAGUGAAGGUAAAAUCUGAGGAAAAGCAAGAGGAGAAGGAAAAGCCAAAGAAAGAGGUGUCUAAGAGAGAAGAAAGGAUAGUGGCUAAGAAAGAGGAAAAGCCUAAAAAGGAAGAUACCAAGAAAGAUGUGAAGAAAGAAUCUAAAAAAGAAUCAAAGAAAGAUGCUCCCCCAAAAGAAUCUAAAAAGGAAGAGAAAAAGGAGAGCAAAAAAGAAGAAAAGAAGGAGCCCAAAAAGCUUCUCAAAGAAACAAAGAAAACAUCUGCCUCUUUGCCGGAGUCGAAAAAGACUACAACAAAGCCAAAGCCACAAAAGAAGGAAGAGUCUGUCAGAAAAGAAAGUGGGCUUGUUGGGAAACCAAAAGAAAAAGUUAAAAGCAAGACAGCAAAGAAAGAGAUCAAGGUUGCCGAAAUGCCUGCUGCAGUGGCUGCUUUGGGAGCUGUUGCUGCAACGGUAGCAGCUGUAGGUGUUGCAGCUGCUGGAAAAGAACUCGAAGCGGAGAGGUCUCUUAUGUCUUCACCAGAAGAUUUAACCAGAGACUUUGAAGAACUAAAAGCUGAAGAAGUUGAAGUAGUAAAGGAAACAAAGCCUCAGGUAGAUAUAAUAGAAAAAGAAGGCAAGUUAACGGAUAUAGAACAAAAGGAUUAUGAAGUUCAGAAAGAAAAAACAGAAGGGCCUGCUGAUUCUCCUGAUGAAGGCAUAACUACCACUGAACCUGAGGGUGAAUGUGAACAAACUCCUGAAGAGCUGGAGCCUGUAGAAAAGGACAGGGUUGAUGACAAUGAAAAGUUUGAGGAUGAAGGAACAGGUCUUGAGGAAUCUUCUGAGGCAGGGGACUAUGAAGAAAAGGCUGAGACAGAGGAAGCCGAAGAACAAGUUGUCAUUGAGGAAGAAGAGGCACCACUAGGCCUCAGAAAACAAGACCUUAAGGAUAAAAUAGAAACUGGGGAGACUGAAAAAGAAAUGGCUGGAGCGUUUGAGCAUGAAAAAGCAAAAGAUUUGAGAUAUGACGAAAAAGCAGAAUUUAGAGCAGAGGGUGAAGAGCGAGAUGAAGAACAUGUAGAUGAAAUGGUUGAAAAGGCAGAAACAGAAGAGAAUGAGGAGGAAAACAAAACUGAGGAUGUCAGAGAUGAAGAUGAAACUGAAAAAAUAGAAGCUGAAGAGGAUUAUGUUAUGGCUGUGGUAGACAAAGCAGCAGAAGCUGGUGAGAUUGAUGAUAAAUAUGGCAUGCACCUAACCACUCCAGCUAAGUACUCAGAACCUCCAUCUCCUGCUAAAGAACCAGCAUCUUCAAUCCAUGAUGAAACGCUACCUGGUGGUUCAGAAAGUGAAGCAACUGUUUCAGAUGAAGAAAACAGAGAAGACCAGCCUGAGGAAUUCACUGCUACUUCAGGUUAUACCCAGUCCAUCAUUGAAAUAUCCAGUGAGCCAACUCCAAUGGAUGAAAUGUCAACUCCAAGGGAUGUGAUGAGUGAUGAGACUAAUAAUGAGGAAAGUGACUCUCCUUCCCAAGAAUAUGUUAACAUUACCAAGUAUGAAUCAACACUGUUCUCUCAAGAAAUUACUAGGACUAAACUUUCUCCCCUUCCUGAUGCUUUCAAUGGGCUAUCUGAAGGAUCUAAAACAGAUGCUACUGAGGGCAAAGACUAUAAUGUUUCAGCUUCUACAAUUUCACCGUCUUCUUCCUUAGAGGAAGACAAAUUUGGCAAAGCUUCCUUCCAAGAUCUGUACCGCCAACGAGAAAGUGAAGUCAAGAGUACUAGUAAACUAGAAAUUUCAGAAGCUUUGGAUGACAAGCAUAGCCCAACUAAGAGUCUAGAUGAAAGUCCAACCCCUCUGUCACCUGUUGCUAAAACACCUCUAAGUGAGCGUAGUGUCAACUUUUCACUGACUCCCAAUGAGAUUAAAGUGACAUUGGAACCUGCAGCUCUCACAGCACUCUCUGAAAAACAUGAAACCCGUGAAGAGCACUGCCCCAGCCCCGAUGAUAAAACAUUAGAAGUGGUGUCCCCUUCACAAUCAGCUGCUGGUAGUGCUGGACACACACCAUAUCAUCAAUCUCCCACAGAUGAAAAAUCAAGUCAACUUCCUUCUGAAACUACUGGAAAAGCAGAUGCUUCAUUCAGCUUUGAAGUUAGUGAUGCCAAAGAUAAUAUUACAAAACACAGACUAAGCCCAAUGGAUGAACCAGUGCCUGACUCUGAAUUGCCUUCUGAAAAAGUGCUCUCACCUUUACGAAGCCCCCCACUGAUUGGUUCAGAGUCUUCCUAUGAUGCAUUUUUGAGUGGUGAUGCAAUAUCCUCUGCUAGAGAAACUGACAGUCCCUUUGAAAAGAAAAGUGAAGGAGAUGGUUCUCCUUCACAGAAGAGCCCAGUUUCUGAUGUUGCUUCUACAAACCUUUUCCAAGAACAGCAAGUUGAAAACGAUGUACAGCUUUCACCAACAAAAUUGGACUUUGUCCUAGAAAAGAAAAGGGAUGACUUAGAAACUUCAGAAACUCAGCCUUCAUUGGUUUUGGAUGAAAGGAAGCUAGGAGAGGUUUCUCCUACACAGGUAGAUAUCAGUCAUUUUAGUUGUUUCAAAGAAGACACCAAGAUGUCAAUCUCUGAAGGUACAGUCUCUGAUAAAUCUGCAACACCUGUUGAUGAAGUUGUAGCAGAAGACACUUAUUCACAUAUUGAAGGAGUUGCCUCUGUUUCCACAGCAUCUGUUGCUACUAGUUCAUUCCCAGAACCAACCACUGAUGAUGUAUCUCCUUCACUGCAUGCUGAAGUUGGAUCCCCGCAUUCUACUGAAGUAGAUGAUUCUCUUUCUGUAUCUGUUGUUCAGACACCAACAACAUUUCAGGAAACAGAAAUGUCUCCAUCUAAAGAGGAGUGCCCAAGACCUAUGUCCAUUUCUCCCCCAGAUUUCUCCCCUAAAACAGCAAAAUCAAGGACACCAGUUCAGGAUCAUAGGUCUCCUGAUCAAUCAACUAUGUCAGUAGAAUUUGGGCAAGAUUCUCCUGAGCAGUCUUUGGCAAUGGACUUCAGCAGACAGUCUCCUGAACAUCCAAUAGUAGGUGCUACUAUGCACCAUAUAUCUGAAAAUGGUCCAACUGAAGUCGAUUAUAGCCCUACAGACAUGCAGGAGCACUCUUUUGUAAAUAAAAUAUCACCAGUGGAACAAGCAUGUUUUGGCAAUGAUAAGGAUAUUUCCGAGAUUAUUUCAGUAUCUCAGAUAGAAGCCUCGCCCUCUUCCUCCUCUGCUCAUACACCAUCACAGGCAAGUUCUCCACUACAAGAAGAAACUAUAUCAGGUGUCACACAGCCUAGUGAUAUGCCCUUACAUUCUGCAUUUCCAUCAGAAAAAGUGAACAGCCUUGAAGAAAAACUUUCACCAAAAUCUGAUUUAUCUCCAUUAACACCACGGGAAUCUUCUCCUCUAUACUCACCUGGUUUUUCAGAUUCACCUCCUGUAAUGAAAACAACUACUGCCGCUUGCCACUCACCUCCAUUAUCAUUGCACAUGUCCUCCGACAACUCAUUUGGUUAUCAUACGUCAAUAGUUGAAGACCCUUUAACAAAACAUAGCCAAGAGCUCUUAGCCUUUACAGACCAGGAAGACAUUGAGGAAACGACCAGGUCGCCUGAAGCUCUUAAAUAUUCUUAUAAUGGAACUGGAAAAACCACUAGAUCACCUGAGGCUGUUAGUUAUUCCUACGACAAAACAGAGCACACCACUGGAUCCCCUGAAGCUCUUGAUUAUUCCUAUGUUGCGACAGGGAAAACCACCAGAUCACCUGAGGCUGAUAGUUACUCCUAUGAAACAGCAGAGAAAGUCACCAAGUCACCAGAAGCCUUUGAUUACUCCUAUGAAAAAUCCACCCGAUCAUCCGAGUCUGUCAGCUACUCUUAUGAGACUCCUGGGAAAACUAGCAAGUCAUCUGAGACGGUCAGUUACUCUUACGAAGUGAGUGGGAAAGCCAUGAAAUCCCCGGACACUGCUAGCUGCCACCAUGAGGCUGAUAAGUACUUUAUUUCAGAAAAACCAGAAACCCGUCAAGAUGUUGAUUUGUGCCUCGUUACAUCUUGCGAAUACAAGCACCCCAAAACAGAACUUUCUCCCUCCUUUAUCAACCCUAACCCAUUGGAAUGGUUUGUUAGUGAAGAACAGUCUCAAGAGCAAGAGAAGCCAUUGACUCAGUCUGGAGGAGCACAGCCGCCUUCAGGGGGAAAACAGCAAGCACGUCUGUGUGGAGAAACUCCCCCAACCUCCGUCAGCGAAUCUGCCCCAUCACAGACGGAUUCAGACGUGCCGCCCGAAACAGAAGAGUGCCCUUCUAUUACAGCAGAUGCUAACAUUGACUCGGAAGAUGAAUCUGAAACUAUUCCAACAGAUAAAACCAUUACAUAUGAACAUAUUGACCCUCUGCCAGUCCCCAUGCAAGAUCACAGUCCUUCGCCUAGACACCCUGACGUCUCCAUGGUAGACCCAGAAGCCUUGCCUAUCGAUCAGAACUUAGGCAAACCAUUGAGGAAGGAUCUAAAAGAAAAGACGAAGACGAAAAAGCAGGGCACUAAGACUAAGUCUUCAUCUCCUUCCAAGAAGAGUGACAGCAAAUCAAAACAGGUGGCUUCACCAAAGCCUGCUGGCUUGAAGGAUUCGCUGGAUAAAGUUUCCAGAACAGCUUCUCCAAAGAAGAAGGAGUCAGUGGAGAAAGCUGCCAAAAAUGUCUCAACUCCAGAGAUAAAAUCUUCCCGUAAUGAGGAGAAAGAUAAGGAAACAAAGAAUGCAGCCAACUCUACAACAUCGAAGUCAGCAAAGACCACAACUGCAGGACCUGGAAAUGUAAAACCAUCAAAAUCUAUAGCUGUGCCUCCAGGACCUCCUGUAUAUUUGGAUCUCGUCUAUAUUCCCAACCACAGCAACAGCAAGAAUGUUGAUGUAGAGUUUUUCAAGAGGGUGAGGUCAUCCUACUAUGUGGUGAGUGGGAAUGAUCCUGCUGCUGAAGAACCGAGCAGGGCUGUCCUGGAUUCUCUGCUGGAGGGCAAGGCUCAGUGGGCAAGCAACAUGCAGGUGACCUUAAUCCCUACCCAUGAUUCGGAGGUGAUGAGGGAAUGGUAUCAAGAGACCCACGAGAAACAACAGGACCUUAACAUCAUGGUAUUGGCGAGCAGCAGCACUGUUGUUAUGCAAGAUGAAUCUUUCCCUGCAUGCAAGAUUGAACUGUAGAAAAAGAAAAAGGAAAAAGCAAUGCAUCACAACCUUAAACUUUGUUUCCAGAAAUUCUUCAAUUUGAAAACACCUUUUCUAAUGUAACCCAUCUAAUUCAGCUGCCGAACUAUAUAUAUAUAUAUAUACCUGCCAAAUGCUAUACUGUAUCACAGUGAUGCAAGUCACUAAUCUUUUUUUUUCCAGUCUUUUGCUGAUUGCUAAGGGAAAUAACAGUAUUCCCACCAUAGGGUUCAAAUUACUGCAAAAACUGCAGAUUCCGGUUCAUCUCCGCUGAACAGUUGGAAACCAUGCACUAGCAAACACUGCUGACUUCUGCCAGGUAUGGGGGCAUUUGCCCUUGAGAGAAAGACAGGGAGAGAAAGCGAGAGAGAGGAGUAGAGGGGAAUAAAAUCAUUAGUUUUGCAUUACUCUCAAAGCAAUCAAUAUAUUGCUUCCUGCAGUCUGCCAUCACAUAAAAAGAAAGAUGUAGGUUUGCAUUAGCCUGAAUUACUGCAAGAGCAGGCGUUUUUAAUUUAGUGACAAAUUAGCUAGAAAAUUACGUGAAACCGAAUGUGGCUUUGAAGGGACGUAAAAUACAAAACACUCACUUGCUGUUGGCAACUUCACUUUGAACAUGUCAGAUUCGCAUCACAAAACUCUCCUAGGCAAUAUAUGCAAGUAGUUUGAAAACCCAUUAGGUUUAACGUGCAAACGUGUUGGUCUAAGGCAUGCUCCCAGUGAAAAAUACAUCUAGUCUACUCUUAAAUUCGACAAACUUGCAUGCUGAAACACCCAAGUCACACUCAAGUUUACUGAAGCAACAUACCAAAGCAGUUGGGAGUACCUAUGGUAGACAAUUUGCCUUAGAAUGUGACUUGAAUGUACAAAGAUACUUGAUGCACUUAUUUUUUAAAUGCAAGAUAGCAAGUUUAUAAAACAUCUGUGUAGGAUUAUAGUUACACCAGUACAGAAGUAUGCGUGUGCAUGUGUGCUACUGGAAACCUCUCUGAUUGGUCAAACAGCUUGGUGCUAUGAAUUUUGCAUGUAAGUUGAGCACUUCAUUUGUGCACCUGAACAGCAAGCCUUUUUUGGCGGGGUGGGAAGUCUGCUUUUUCUCCUCCCCCUUUUCCCUUGUGAAAGAAAGGGUGCCCAGUACCAGAAAUUAACACAUACAGAAUGUUGCAAAAGGUUCUCUGCACUCUGUACAGUCUUUUGGAGCCUUGUCUCACGUUAUUUUGACUGCUAAUUUAAGAGCGAAUAUGGGAACAAAUGUACAGUUUGUUUGUUUUUUAAGCUAGGUGGGAACUUUUAAUAGAUGAAUUUUUAAACAGAAGUUUUGUUUACAGGAAAAUUGCAAAGAAAAAAAAUCAGGUGAAGGUUUUUCUUUUUUAAAAAAAGUAGUUUUGUAAGACAAGCACGUAAUGUUAUUUUGAGGUUCUGGUGAGAAUGAAGUACUGUAUUUAUUGAACAUAGUUAACUGCCGAUAAUAAUUUUGCAGGGAGCACACUAAAAAAAUGCUAUUAUGUGUCAGUGAUAAAAGAACCCGAGAACUGAAAUGCAGGCUGACUUCCUUUUCUCCAGGAGACUGCCUAGGUUCUAGGCUGGCCCAAGGGCACAAGCAACCCAAGCACUUGCUUAUGGCAAUGUUUUUUUGGAGGCGGGAUGUAUCAACGAAAGCAGCUUAUGAUUGGCACUUGCACCGCGGCAUUCAUUGGGAUGCUGCUGCAAUGCACUUCUCCAACUGUUCAGGGCUAUACCAGUCAGGGCAGCAGAACUGGCUCUACCUAGGUUUUCCUUUCUCCUGGUACUGUCUUAAAAUUAGCUCAAGCAAGUUCGUGCUCCCAGUAUUUACAGAUCCCUUCCAAAAGGAAAACUAGGUUUGUGUGAAUGUUGCAAUUCUGUGAAGGGUGCAGAAAAGCUGAUUGCAGAAUUCAGCUUUCUGAGAAUUUCAGCGCUCUUUCUCUCUUUUUAACUCUGGGAGGACCCAGAGGAGUUGCUGGCGGGGACCUCGAUACCCUGUGGAGCCUUUUACAUUUUCCCAAGAUGGGCAGUUAGAACAUUAAUUAUGCAACAUAAGAGAAGUCAUGCAAAUGUGCAUAAUUUAUGCAUCUUUCAGAAUUAAGCUUUAGUUGUCACAGAAUUUGUGAUAGCUUGGGGCAGAAUAAAACUUUUUUUUAAAAAAAAGCCAACCAUCACACACAGCUUAAGGGAAGCCUACUCCUUAUGAAGGCAGUUGUCAAAGAGAUAGGCAUGUCCAACAGGUAGAUCGUGAUCUCCCGGUAGAUCACUGGACGCCUGCGGUAGAUCACUGGCUCCCCCCAUAGAAGCUGAAAAGCUUGACAUUUUAUCUCCUCCCUGAAAAAACUCAACAACUUGGACCUGAACCCCCCAAAAGGGGGUAGAUCACUGCCAGUUUUUAACUCUGUGAGUAGAUCGCAGUCUCUUGGGAGUUGGCCACCCCUGAAAUUUAGGGCAUCACAGAACCUAUGGUAGUACCUGAAGCUUCAUGGAAAUCUUACUGGUGCUGGUGGAAUAUAUUGAGGACUGGGUUGCAGUUAUCACUGCAUAUAACAAUAUCCAUUAUGCUUUACUUUGUGGUUUUGUAAGGAAUUUACACGACCACCAUAAUAGGAAUUUGCUUUGUUCUGUGCCAAUUGUUUUUUUGCAGAAGGCUUUGAUUCCCUAAAUAGUGGAUUUUAUAUCGUUUUAUUUUCUAUUAUAAUUUAUUUCAAUGGUUAACAUGGUUUAUUUUUAUUUUAUAGAUGUGUAUUUGCACUGCUAAUUUUUUAAAAUUAUUUUUCAUACUACUACAACUCCCCUUUUAAUUUGGGCUGUGUUAGCCCAGUUAAUGCUGUGAAAUAUUGUUUGUUAAAUGUUUUGUGCAUUUUUUUUAAAAAAAGUUCUAAUAUUUUAUUUUUGUUUGACUUUUGUAGCGAUGCUACUUUAUUUAUUCUUUCACCCAGGUCAUUCAAAAGCUUGUGUUCUUGUGAUCUCUCUGAUUUUAUUGGAACAAUAUACAUGGAAGCAUCUAGUAGUAUGGGACUCGCGUCCUUAAAAAUUCCAUAUGAUUGUGGUACGAAAGACAAAGGGAAAUGUACUAUAGAAAGAGGCAGAAUGUACAAUGCUUCUUUCCUAAUAUGAACAGCUCAAACCUAAAGAGGAAUUUGCACCACAGCACAGAGUGGUUUGUCCCAGUAUAGCUAAAACAGAAUCCUGAAGUAGGGGAAGUUAGUUCCACUACCUGUAAUUUGAAGCUGCUGGCAUCAUGAAGUUGAAAUGCUACAUGUAGCUGAUGAGCCCUGAGUAUUGCUCCUGCCUGCCCCUUUUGCAGCUCAACAGUAGCUUUUCGUAGCCCAGUUACACAGCAUCUCUGAUGUGGUGCAUCUUGGACAGUGCCCUCAUCCACACUGGAUGGGUUAGCACAAUACCAUCAACAGCACAUUAAGUGUGCUGACGCACUGGCCACAGCUGUUACUGCACCACAUCCUGAGCUUGCCUUGUUAGCAAAUGGCUUUUUACAGUCUUAAUCCUGUUAUGGAUUGAGCAGCAAGCCUUGCUGAGUGCAGUGGGGCUUAUUCCCAAGUAGGUCUCCAGGGUUCUGCAGCUUUGGGUCUACCAAGUUACUAACACAAUAUUCCAUUUAUCAAUGAACUGUGCAGAACUGAUUUGUUUUAUGAUCUGCCCCCACUUUAUAUGUAAGCAAAAACUAAAUCAUUUUUAGUGGGAGUAUAUUUUAUAAACAUAUUGCAAAUCAAUAAAUAGAAGAAUGUCGUUAACAGCAAGUGAGUAUGUGAAAGUAGCCAGUCUGCUUCUUUUAAUUAAAAAAUGAAGACUUUCUUUUAGUUCAGCCCUAAAUAGCAACAUUAAAUGAAUAUGUACAAAAGAGAAGCUGCCAUCUCUCCACGCCCUCCAAGAAGUGACAGUCUUUAUAGUCAUAUGCGCACCAGCAGUCCCAUAGGAGAUUAGUUGAAAUCAGCUUAGCAGUGCAGUCCUAUGUAUGACUAACUCAGAAGUAAUCCCCACUCAGUUCAAGGGGGGCUUAUUCCCACAUAGGUACAUGUAGGAUUGCAGCCUCAAUGGGGUUCAAAUCCGGCCUUAACAUUCCUUCACUCUAAGAACAUCCUCAAUCGUUCUCAUGCAUAUUUUUUGUAGGAACAAAAAUUUAAUCAGGUAUUUAUGUUGGGUGCACUACUUCUUCUUUUAAAUGCCUCAAAAAUGUUUGAUAGCCCCAUUCAGCUCUUGGAUACCGGCAAACAUUUUCCUGAGAUUAAAAAAAAUAAUGGUACUCUGUAUGGCUUCGUCUCAAAGAUCUCAUUGUGCAGAAGCCAUGUCUCUGAUCAAUCUGCACACAGAAACAUGUGCACAGGUCUGCAACCCAAUGUGCUUCUUGAGAACUGGCUCUUAGGGGUUCGAGAACCCUCUGGAGCAUCUUUUCAAGUAUAUAGGGCGAUGGAAAGUGUAUGAGAAGGAUACCCAUCCCCCCACCAUGAAGGGGAGUGCCUUUCUCUUGUGCAACAAUUUCUUGGAUAGCCUGUGCUAUCUUUUUCAGGAUUCUGAAUAAGAUUGCAAAAGUGGGGUAUAAAUUUUCUAAACAAAUCUGCUUUUUACACACACACAAGUUUUAAAUGGCAGCCAAUUUUGGUGGUGGUGGUGGUUUUUUUUUUUUAAAAAAAAAAAUCUCCUCUUGACCAAAUUAAUGCCUUUCUUGCCUGUGCAACUAACCUAAUUGUGUCAGUUACAGCCAUACACAAUUAGCUUAUUGACUGUCAACCAGGAAAUGCCAUGGAUACUGAUACUGAGCUCUGUUGCUCAGCACAGAUUACUAGAAGCAUGGUUCAACAUUGAUUAGCCUAAUUUUAAUGUGUCAAUAUUUGAGUGCUGAUAGCACUCUAGAAAACGAUGGUAUUACCCAUUGGUAACAUUCCCCUAAUCGUAGUCUUUAUGAUAGUACUAUUCCAUUGAAUGAAAUUCAAUGACUGUUUAGGCAAGAUCACAGUCCAUUUCCCAACUUGACAGUGCAGUCCUAUACAUGUCUACCCAGAAGCUAAUCCCCAGAGUUUGGUGGGGUUUACUCCUAGGUAAUUGUGCAUAAGACUGUAGCCUAAAAUGGAUCUUUUGCAUGCCUUUUCAUCUUCAUAUGGUGGGUCUGGUUACAACAAUUCCUACCUUUUUGAUUCCAUUCCCAUGCUUUGUCUCUUUGAGUUAUUUUUAACUUCUCAUACUGUGGUGAAUGGAUCCAAAUGUGUAUAUGAAUGUAUUUAGCUGUCUUCAAUAGCUUAAGCAGUUUAGGAACCUAAAAACACUGAACUGAGAAAAUAAAUUUGCUAGGGGGAAAUUCCAAGUCUCCCUGCCCCAAUGCUUCCCGCUCUAAGGAGACGCUGUGCAUUUUAAAUUUUAUGUCCUAGGCCUCUUCUUUGUCCAUAUGUAACCAGACGUUCUUGCUCAGAGGAAAAUAGUCGUUUUUGUGGUCUGGCAUUAUUAAGCAAUUGGAGGGGGGGAAAUAUUUCUGUAAGUGAUAAUUUUUUCACUUAAUAGUUGACAAACCACAAAAAAGUCCAGAAACAAGCAGUUCUUCAAAAUGCAUUUGCAAAUUGCAUUAUUUGCCUUGUUAAAGAUGCUUGCUAUUUUCAAAGAAGAAAGUUCGCUGUGAUUUUAACACAAUAAACGAAUAAAUAAAAAUGCAGCAUCUAAACCUUGAACAUUUAUUGGGGGGGGAAUGCUUCUCUGCACUGAAUUAGCUUUAGGAGCUCCAUUCUAUUCAUGCAAGACUGGGCUGUACUCACAUUGGUAAAAGCGCCAUUCUGAAGUUCCAGGAUGCUUUCACAUGUUUGCAUGCAGCCAUUUAUUCUUCCAAACCAUGGCGAGAAAGUCUUGUUGCUGGCUGAGAAGCUCCUCACACACUCCUCUCUCUUGUUCCGAAUGGUCUUGUUUGUGUCGGUCUGCAGCUGUGUAUGGUUUUAUGUCUUAUUAUCCUUCAUCACCUCUAUUCUAUCCAGUCAUAUCUAAUGUAGAAAAUUAGUUUCCAGUGAAAGUAAUAUGUAGUGCUUUUAUGAUAUUUGUGUGCAAUAUCCCCUCUUCUGUUGAGGAUAUUUGAUGUAAAGGAAACAAGCUCAGUUCCACAAUAAAAUACAAAAAUAG